AUGAUGAUAAUUGUGCACUCAGUGACACUGGAUUUCUUUUCUAUUUUUAUUGGAAUUCUCAUCGGUGUGAUAUCGUUCAUCUUCAUCUUCGGAUAUCAUUGCAAACGUCAUUCAUCGAUCGUUGAAAGAUCCUCAUCUCUUCAUUGGAAUCCACUAGUCGAACGGCGAGGGCUCGGUAAUUUGAUCACAAGAUUAAAUCACAUCGCGAUAACAGUGUAUGAUGUUGGUCGAUCUGUUAGUUUUUAUGUCGAUGUGUUGGGAUUUCAACAAAUUCGUCGUCCAAGUUUUGAUCGACAUGGUGCGUGGUUAACGAUGGGAAAUGUUGAACUUCAUUUAAUUAAAGGAAUUCCAGCAAUUCCAUCUGUUGAUAAUCUUCAAGUCAAUCAUUUGGCGUUUGAAACAUCAAAUCUCAAUGAAGUUUUAAUCCAACUUCAUCGAUUGAAGAUUGAAAUUCGACAAAAUUUAUCUGUAACGAAUGCGCAUCGAUUAAUUUCCGAAGGAAAACCUGUAGUAACUCAAUAUUUCUUCAAAGAUCCUGACGGAUAUUCGAUUGAAUUGUGUAAUUGUGAUGUUUUAGAAGAAUUCUCAUUUGAUUUUAAAUUAGAAAAGAAAUCAAUGAAUGGUGAAGAAAGAUUUGAUCAUAAACGAACAUUUUUUGUCAUUUAUUGUGUUUCACGUUGGAAAAGAAAAGUUCAACGAAGUUUGAAAGAAGAAAUGAAGAAAAGAAUUUGUUAUUCAAAUGAAGUUGAUAAAACCAAAUUGAGAAAUUUAAUUGAACGACGAACAAUUUACGGUGAUUUCAUUCAAAAUUUCGAUGAAAAAGAUAUUUGUGAUGCAUUAAUUCAAUCAAAUAACAUUGUUCCAUUGGCUCUUCGAUGUCUUCUUGCAAAACGAGGUGAACAAAUAUGUCUUCGUCCAAGUUCGUUUCUUCAUCAAGGAAAAUUAUUUCAUCCGAAACCAUUUACAAUCAAUCGACUUUCUUCAUCAACACUCAGCGACCUUUUUUCCUCCAAUAUCGUUGAAUGCUGA